AUGUUGUGCGAAACUUGUGGACAGACAUUCAGCACCAGCAGUAAUCUUCACCAGCAUACCAAAGAGAAACAUAGUGAUCAUGUAAAUAGUUUACAGUGUAGUUAUUGCCAGAGACCCUUUUUGCGAAGAUUUAAUUUGAAAAGACACUUGACUUCAGUUCACAAACUGAAUUGUGAACAAUUAGAAGCAGCCAUGCCCUCAAAGCGGAGACGAGUCGAGCGUGAUGAGAAUCCAGGAAAGGUGGCAGAGGAUAAAUUGCCGGAGAUCGACGAAUCUCUGGUAGAAGACAUUCUCCAUAAUUGUGCAGACUUUACUAGUGACCGAAUAGUCGAGAUGUUGGAAGACGAGUCAACGGACACCCGGGAAGUUAUCUUUAUAGACGAGGACAGCCAACCAGAAACGAGUGCUUGUGACAGUGAUCGUGACAGUGAACAUCGGGACACUGAUCUCACGCAGAGAUCAACAAUUUGUCUGGUGUUACAUAAGACAGUGAAACGUAACCUAGAUGGUACGGAAGAAAUAAGCAGAGACUCUCAUAUCGUUUAUUCAGAAGACCUUAACCCCGAUGAUAUUGACUUUCCAAAUGUGGCUAAUGAAAUCCUGAAGGAGGUACCGAAACAUUUCGAAGACGGCCAUGUUCGGAUUGUGAAAGGCGACAUUUCCGUAUGA